CUCCACCUUUUUUUAUUUUUCUCUCAAGACUCUUAGCUGAUGAUGGGAAGCCAACCAAAACGGCCAACCCCAUCAACAGGACAUGUUGACGUUUUUCGACUAGACAAAAGGAAUCAGUCCAAUCAAGAACGAGGGCAACAUGAAUUUGCCUACGAAUACCCUCCACGAAUUCCUGUGGCUAUGCGACAUCCCUACCCACGAGUGAAUUCCGUUAAACAGUAUACGACCGAUCGCCAACAUGAGCAGCUCAAGCAACAUAUCGUCUCGGAAUCGUUUAUUCCUGUCUCGCCCGAAGCUGCAGAGAAACCACAGAGACGUUCACGGCGGCGACCCCCGUUUUCGUACUCGUCGCUCAUUGCUCAAGCUAUCCUGACCACCGCCAACAAACGGAUGACGCUGAGAGAUAUAUAUCGAUGGAUUACGGAAAAAUAUCCAGCACUAUAUAAUGCAGAGGACACUGGCUGGCAGAAUACCAUUCGACACAAUCUUUCCCUCAACAAGUGCUUUAAGAAAGUUCCAAAGUCAGAAAUCACUCCGGAAGAAAAUAGAGGAAAAGGCGGAUUCUGGACUCUAGAUCCAGAGUACAUGAAUCAGUAUACGGAUGGCGCUUUCGCUAGAGGCAGUAUUGCCAAUCGAAGAUCUAUGAAAAACCCAAGCAAGUCAGGACCAAGUAGUGACAGUGAAGUAUCACACUUUGACGGUAGCUCCUCACAAUAUGAUACCCACCACACCGACGUGGAUCCCUUUACUUCCUCACCGCCUUUUCGACUCACUAGUCCCUCGACCUUUAAACCAGAUGAUACGUCUCAUUAUUACCCCACGGAAGAAUCUGAUAUAUCAUCCAACACCCCCUCCCCUUCGAUGCUUCGAAUGUCUCCUGUGACACCACCACGAUCCAGUGUAACGAUCAAAGUUUCAACGACUGACCGCGGAACUGCUGUAAAUACUGUACACAAUACGACGACGCCCAUAGAUGAACAAACUGUUGUGAAUCUUGAUGUUCAACAAACUCGAUUGAACCGUGAAGAACCUCAAGAAAACUUCUUAUCUACUAUUUUACACCCCUCCAAGGAAGAAGACCCUUUUUCAACAUCAGCGCAAGAGGAUCCAUUGCAUACUUCAACUGUCAUGCGAAUAGACAAUAUUCUGAACUAAGCCUUUCUUUUUUUCUUUGGUGCUUUCUUUUCCCAUCCCUUUUCUCUUUCCACCCACUGUAUAUAUAUAUAUAAAAAACCCUUCCAUCCCCCCACCUCACUUUUGCUUGAGGCUGGGGUCAAACCGAGGUCUCCGUAUCUACUUUUGUAGCUUCCCGGUGCUGUGAUUCAAAAAAAAUAAAACUCUAGAUAAGCGGA